GGGUAUUACAUAACAAUAUGGCGGCUCGAUGGAAGAGGUCAUUGUGGAUGGUGAAACGUUUUCGUUCCUUUAAUAAGUGUCUUUCGUUGUGUCAUUCAAAAAAAUCAUCCUUAGCAAGACAUAAUGACAAUGAUUUAUAUACGAGAUUGAAGAGAAACUACAGAUACAUUCUAAACGAAGACUUGGCCGCUAGAAUUGUAAGAGGGCUUCAUCCUUUACGAGACGAUACGAUAAUUGCAACAAAUCCUGGAACGGGAGUUCUAGUAGAAGCAUUAUUUAAAGCCGGAGCGAGUCAUGUGAUUGGGCUCGAACCAGAGAGAAAAUUCCAUCCUUCGUUAGUGGACCUCAAAUCGCAUCUUUCAGAAGGGGAAAGAUUUGAAAUCCUCCAUGGUGACUUUAGUAAAAUCGACCCACAUUUGAUGAAGAAAGAUGUCUGUAUCCCUCCGGCUAUUUCAUCCGAGGAUGUGCUGCGAUCUGUUAAACCCCAGCCAUGGGGAUCCGAUCACUUAGCAGCGAGAUUUGUUGGUAUCGAGGCCGCUGUUAACCCUGAUGUUGUUCACCGAAAUUUGUUAAGGCAUCUUGGGGCAAUAGCUGCAAAGAACGGUAUCUUCCACAAAGGGAGAUGCGAAUUAGCGUUUUUCUUUGCAGAGGAUCGUGCACAUAAAAUCACUGCUCAGUUCGGGAGUAAAUAUUAUAAUAGACAGUCAAUCAUGUUGGAAAUAUUUUGCGAUAUAAAUAUUUUACUCCGAGAACCUUGUUCUCUGUUUUAUCCUGUUCAAAGCAAAGAAAAAGACUGUUUUCUGACGUUGGUGAGUAUUGUGCCUAAGAAACAACCGAGUGUGGAUAUAUCAAGGGAAGAUCUGGAAUAUUUAAACUACUUUAUCAGACUUCUGUUGGUCAAACCAAAAAGCAGAGUGUUAGAUGUAAUGGAAACUAUUAGCCCUGGAAGCCAUUUAAUUUUUGAUGAACUAGAGUUUUCAGAUAAUAUGACAGUAAGAGACUUAUCCACUGAGCAGAUCGGUCAGCUAGCUAGUGCUUUUUUCCGCUGGAGAGGAAGAUCACUGAAUUUUUUCUAUGAUGUAGGAAGUCAUGAAUUAAGAUCAAAGUAGGAAUUUAAAAUCCCGUGCUCUCUACCUGUAAUUAUCAUUAAACCUGGUUCUGAUUGUGCAUAUCGGCUUGGAAUUGACCAACUCAGAACAUCAGCCAAUGUGCUUGCCUGACCAGGUUUUUCUUGACUAUUUUCCCUCUUCUUAAAAAAUUCAAUUUUAGCUGUGAAUAUACACUUAUGAAUUGACCAGUUUAGCUAGAAAGGUCUGUUAAACAACAAACUUCUUAUUGUUGAUGGCCUGAUCUGAUUGGCUGGUUCUGACUAAUGCUAUGUACCCUUUGAAAGUUGUAUAAAAUGCCUCCUUGACCUCCCCUUCUCUGGCUCCAACCAUACUCUAUUGACCACUAAUGACAAAUUUUAAUAUGCAUUUUAAGUAUUUUAAGGAAAACCAUUGAAUUGAUGUCACUAUUAAGUCAUGAGAAUAAACCUUACAAAAGGUAUGAUGUACUCAAAAAGGCAUCUUUCUGUGGUCUAUUGUUUAACAAUGAAAAACAAAGAAGGAAAAUUGGCCUUUCCAAAUAGAAAUCAAUGGUAAAAUUUGGCCAUUCCAAUUACAAAUCAAUGUAAAGCUAUUUAAAUCAUGAUAUUUGUUGAGUUUUUGAUACAUACAAGCAGAUAUUUAUUUGUAUGGGUUUGACUGUUUUUUCAUUGAUAGGUUUCCUUUAUUUAAACAGCUAAUUUUCAUUUGGGAGAAACUAUAGGUGAUUGAGUUUUUCAAUAACAAGUAAACCAUGAAGGGUGAAGAUUGGAUCAUUUAAAAUUUGCUUUUUGCUCCCUUUAUUCAUGUUGUAGACCUCUUGUUAAACUGAAAUGUUUCAUGGGAUUCAAAAGGUUCUGUGCUGAAUUGUGGUGGGAGGAGUUCAUUUAUCUCAGCCUGUCAGUUACUAUGAUGAUUGAUGGCUGCAUGCUACAAAAUUGUUAGCUUGGCUUGGAGCCAUUUUUUGAAAAGAGGCUCUAAUAAGUAAUAAUAGUGGUCCUUUUUUAUUUCUUUUUCUUCCCAAGAGUAUGUAGUAAAUUUCAGAGUUUGUAGGGUGUCAAAGAUUCUGCACAAAGAAAAUUGCUGUAGUAAGUCUAUUUUAUUAACAGAUCUAGUUCUUUUAGAAUAAGCUUGUGGCACAUACUUGUUAAGAAAAACGAUUUUAAGGCAGCUUCAUUACUUCAUGUCUGAGGCCUGUCUGCUCAUGAAAAUCACCCUUUAAUGACUUAAACUGUUUGUUGCCAAAUAUUACACUGUAAUAAUUUUUAGUGCAGUUUGAUGUUUGAGCCUUGUUGCACAGCCCUGCUAAUGAUUGCCAAUGCUGAAAAGUAAUAAACAGCUGUUAGCAUUGUUCCAACAA